UUGGAUUUUAUAGCAAAAAGAAGCACUACUUUUUGAAAAAGAAAAGCCCUACUUAUUUAGGGAGGUGUGGAGGAUGGUGGGGAAAGAAGUGCUUUGCUGGGUGCUUGCGAUAUGCUUGAUUGGCGCCGCCGCCGCCGAGGCGACGAAGCCGAGGCGGAUUCUGUUGGAUACGGAUAUGGAUACGGAUGAUUUCUUCGCGGUUCUUUAUCUCUUGAAGCAGAACCGGUCGGAGUUCGAUCUCAAGGCGAUUACGAUAAGCGCGAAUGCGUGGACCGACGGUGGGCAUUCCGUCAAUCACCUGUACGAUAUUCUGUACAUGAUGAAUCGCGACGACAUUCCGGUCGGAGUCGGAGGAGACGGUGGAAUAUCCGACGACGGCACGAUUUAUCCAAAUGUUGGCGGAUAUCUCUCUCUAAUUGAACAGAGCAUGUCGACAGUAGGCGAUUGUCGGUACAGACAAGCGAUUCCAAUAGGAAGUGGCGGCCGACUCGAUAUCGACACGAAUUAUGGUCUCAGGAGGAGUUUCCUUCCCCAGGGAAAUCGGAGAUAUAUGCCCCUUCGACAACCCACGACGCAACAAGUGAUGAUAGAUGCAAUAAGCUCGGGCCCUACUACCGUGUUUCUCAUCGGUUCACAUACAAAUUUCGCGCUUUUCCUCAUGUCGAAUCCGCACUUGAAGAAGAACGUCGAGCAUAUCUAUGUUAUGGGAGGUGGAGUGAGAUCGAAAAACCCGACAGGCUGCUGUCCGAAGAACGCUACCGCCUCUUGCAAGCCUCGACAGUGUGGUGACCACGGUAACUUGUUUACGGGGUACACUAGUAAUCCAUAUGCUGAGUUCAACAUUUUCGGAGAUCCUUUCGCGGCGUAUCAGGUGUUCCAUUCUGGUAUUCCGAUUACCCUCGUCCCGCUUGAUGCAACGAAUACCAUUCCGAUAAAUGAGCAGUUUUUUAUGGCAUUUGAACAGCAACAAAGUACCUAUGAGGCCCAAUACUGCUUCGAGUCGCUGAAAAUUACUCGCGACACUUGGUUCGACAACCAAUUCUAUACGAGCUACUUCAUGUGGGACUCUUUUACUUCUGGAAUAGCCGUAUCAAUUAUGAACAAGGACGAUGACUAUUCAGGUAAAAAUGAAUUCGCUGACAUGGAGUAUCUGAACAUUACUGUCGUCACGUCGAACAAACCAUACGGCAUAAAUGAUGGCUCGAACCCGUUCUUCGACGGACGCGCGACACCGAAGUUCAAUUUGCGAAAAGGCGGAGUGCAUAGUGGCCAUGUUCAGACCGGGCUCGACGAUCCCUUCUGCUUAGUGAAAGGAAGCAAUAAAGGAAUAUGCGAGGAUGGAUACACAAAGGAAGUGACAGGUUCUGAAGCUGUCCGUGUUCUUGUCGCGAGUAAAGCGAAGCCUAAUCCCGAUGUUCACAGUCCGCUGGAUAGAGCAUUUUUCAAAAGUUUUCUUGAUGUUCUCAAUCUCCCUCAACACGCCGGUCGCUUUAACUUUACCGCGCAAUUUCCGCAUUACAGAGAAGUCCUGUACAAACCGGAUUUUACGGGUCGAACUCGGGGAAAACCUGUUGUUUUCGACAUGGACAUGAGUGCUGGGGACUUUGUUACACUAAUGUACCUCCUAAAAGUUCCUGUGGAAACAAUAGAUCUCAAGGGAGUACUAGUUAGUGGCAACGGUUGGGCGAAUGCUGCGACGAUAGACAUCGUCUACGACGUUUUGCAUAUGAUGGGCCGUGACGAUAUUCCCGUAGGCCUCGGAAAUGUUACUGCAUUGGGCACUCCAACUCUCGGAUGCACCUACGUAAAGGCGAUUCCUCAAGGUAGCGGAGGAUACCUCGACUCCGAUACACUCUACGGACUCGCUCGCGCACUUCCUCGAAGCCCUAGAAGGUAUACAGCUGAAAAUUCGGUCCAAUUUGGAGCGCCGAGAAACACCGAUCACCCUGAACUUAGGCAGCCAUUGGCUUUUGAAGUUUGGCGAAACAUUGCGAAGCAACUUAAGCCAAGUGAAAAGAUCACUGUUUUAACAAAUGGACCUCUUACUAAUUUGGCUAAUAUUGUUCUCUCCGACACAAGCGCGCGUUCGACAAUAGAGCAUGUUUAUAUAGUGGGCGGUCAUAUCGUCGAUCGAGACGGUGAUAAAGGAAACGUAUUCACCGUUCCUUCAAAUGAAUAUGCGGAGUUCAACAUGUUUCUCGAUCCCCUAGCUGCGAAGAUCGUCAUAGAGUCGGGUCUUAGUAUCACACUCGUUCCACUCGGCACACAACGCAAAGCGACUUCGUUUAGUAAGAUGCUCCAAAGUCUAAAAUCCGGCGAAAGGACUCCGGAGUCGUUAUUCGCAUAUCGUUUGCUGUCGUUGCUGCACAAACUACAGCAGAAGCACCAACUAUACCGCCAUACGGACAUAUUUCUGGGUGAAAUCCUUGGUGCUGUUUUGUUAUCUGAAAAUUCGAAUCUAAAUCCAGUGAUGAAUUUAGUUCCGAUAAGAGUUAUAGCUGGCAAUACAAGUAGAGGUGGACAGACUGCCAUUGACAAGGAAAACGGAAAACUAGUGAACAUUUUAGACCAUUUCGAUACAAAGUUGUAUUAUACUCGAUUCGCAAACUUAUUAGGUAACAAGAAGCAGUCGGCCGUGAUCGGAAGCUUUGACGAACAAAAGAAGCUGUGGAGUACGCCGCCUAACUCGACAACAUAUACGUGAUUCCUUCGUUGAUUCUUUUUGUAGUUACGUAGACGAGAAGUUGGUGAUUCUUUUUCUUUAAAUUUCAAUAGACCAUAUAUAGUUGGAAAUUUGAUUCAUAAUUCCCCACAAGCGGGAACAAAAGUUGUUCUCUUUAAAUUAUGUCUCCUACAUUCGACAAAGAGCAAAUCUGUAUACGAACGUUGAAAUUGGUUAGAAAGAAUACAAAUUUGCAAUGUAUGAUUACGCAGGUUU